UAGUUACUUCCAACAUUUGGCUUCCUUUGCUUCCACGAACAUAAACCUUCUUCUUCUUCCAUUUCUUCUUUCUCUCCUCGUUUAACAAUUUGUUUGGUAAGGAAACAAGAAUGGGAAGAAGACCAUGCUGUGAGAAAAUAGGAUUGAAGAAAGGGCCAUGGAGUGCUGAAGAAGAUCGAAUCUUGAUCAAUUAUAUUAGUCUCCAUGGCCAUCCCAAUUGGAGAGCUCUCCCUAAACUAGCCGGGCUACUUCGGUGCGGAAAAAGUUGCAGGCUUCGUUGGAUUAAUUAUUUGAAACCAGACAUCAAACGUGGCAAUUUCACUCCUCAAGAAGAAGAUACUAUCAUCAACUUACAUCAAAUCUUAGGCAACAGAUGGUCUGCGAUAGCUGCAAAAUUGCCAGGACGAACAGACAACGAAAUUAAAAAUGUUUGGCACACUCAUUUAAAGAAAAGACUCCACCAUAAUAAUCAAGAUCAAAAAAACAAGGAAAAUUUCGUCGUCUCGACUACAGCUUCGGAGAGGCCAACCUCUCCGCAACAACAAUCUAGCAGUAGCGCCGAGAUUUCAGAAAUUACAACAUCGGGAAACAAUAACGACAUCUCCAAUAACAACAAAGACUCUGCGACGUCGUCAUCCGAAGAUGUUCUUGCAAUUAUAGAUGAGAGCUUUUGGUCAGAAGUCGUAUCAUUAAUGGAUUGUAACAUUUCAGGAGAUGAGAAGAAUGAAGAAAAGAUAGAGAAUUGGGAGGGCUCAUUAGAUAGAAACGAUAAGGAAUAUUCGAAAUUGUUUAACCACGACAUGGACUUUUGGUUUGACCAUCUCACUAGUAUUAGUAGUAGUAUAGUUUGAGAAAUUUCCGACAUUAUAUUUCUGAGUUUUGAUUUGGUUUUAGUUAAGACUUAUAUCUUCUUCCUUUGUCACCCACAUGAAUAAAAGUCGUUUACGUUU